CUAGAUCUCAUAGACAAGCUUUCUCUUUCUGGACGAGGCUCAUUCCCAAGCGGCGACAAAGUACGAUGCAUCGCAGGUACCUUUUAUGCCAUGGCGUCGACCACCCAUCCCUGUUCAUGUCUGCCUACCUAGGUAGAUAUCAAUACAUAUAGUCUGUCGCCUCCACGAGCGUCCUCACUCUCCCUAAACGUCUCCUUCAACUCCUGCCUGUUUCCACUCGGAUUGACAGUCUCGCGUCAUCUGCAGCACCAUGUCUUCCGUCUACUUUGCUCUCUUUGCGUCUCUGCCGCUCGUCCUUGGCGGCGCCCACGUUCCUUUGUUAUCAGGUUCCGGGUCUAUAUCCAUUUCGAUCGGAUCCAACAGCGCGACCACCGCGGCCUCUUAUCCGACAUCUAACAAGCAAUGUGUUCGCGACAGCUGUGCUCGUCAGGUCGUGGAUGGCUUGAAACAAUAUCAAGCUCCCGCAAGAUCGUCUGAUUGCGCCGCCCUCUUCAAGCCCGUCACAGUGACACCUUCAGCUGUUACCAAAACCGUUACAAGGUUGGCUACGCCUGCUACGACUACAUUGACCUCCUCCGUGUCGACUGCGACAAUUAUCAGCUCUACUACUACCACCACUACUACUGAUCAAACCAUCACGAGCACUGCCGUCGUCGUGUCUACCGACUUGACAACCGUGAUCACCACCACUGCGGUAACCACAACUGCAACCACAUCCGCGGCUGGCGCUGCUGGCGGCCCUUCCAAGCGAGGCGAGACCCAAACGAAACCACCACAAUGGGCUUGCGACUGUUCCGAUCUCGCGCGGUUCUCUAGCGCAUGCGCCUGCGCCGGAUUCCAGCCUCGAACUGUGACUGCCUCUGCACCGACCGUCAUCUUGACUGUAGAUGCCGUGACCCCGACUUCUACCAUUUACGCAGUGGGCCAGACCACCGUGGGAGCCACCGCUACAUCGACCGUCCACACUGAUGUAACGAACAUCGUCACCUCCACUUCCACCACCCAAACGACAACAUCGACUACCACCACAGAGACUUCUACCACAACCACCACGAUCCAAGCAGCUCCCACCGGAGCCGCCUACUGUGCGAGUGGACGUCUCGUAGACGGAACCCGAAGCGGCUACAACGGAGCACCCGCCUCGAUAGGAAACCUCCGCAUCGAAGGCAGAGACAGCACAGUCUACGAAGGCCCCAUCCUCUCCGGACCCCGAAAUGUCACGACUCCCUCGGGCGGCACCCACCUCUGUGAUGCGACCAACAACAAUGCCAACCCAAACCCCAGCAGCAACGGCAUCAGCAUCCUCGUCGAUGCCGCAAACCUCUGCGAAUUCCCUCUCGAUGGAAGCUACAGCAACCAAUUCGAAGAUUUCUUCAUCACGAAAAUCGGCGAUUCGGACUCCAACGCUUCGGGAAACCAAUUCUGGGGCAUCCUCAAAGACAACGCCUUCACCCCGGCCGGCGGCUGCGAGACGGCCAUCGCGCCGGGCGAGACGAUCCUGUGGGCCUUCAACGCCUUCAACGUGAACUUCUUCCUCGGCGCCUCGCCGUCCAGCCUGACCCUCUCGCCAGGCCAGGCCGCCACCGUCAGCGUCGUGGGCUACGACGGGAACGGCGGCUCCGGGACCCCGAUCGCCGGCGCCUCGUUCAACGGACAGACCUCGGAUGCGAAUGGACAGGUGGUCUUUGUGGCGCCGACGGCGCCCGGCACGUACAGGUAUAAGGCGACGAGGAGCGAUUCGAUCAGGAGUAAUGCGGUGGUUGUCGUCGUGCAGUGAGAAGGAGGGGAUUGAUGGGCGGCGGCGGCGGCGAAGGCGAUAUCGCGGAUUCUUCUUCUUCUUUUCUGAUCCGGUUCUGGGGGGAAAAAGAGGGCAUUUCUUUUCUUCACUUCUUUCAUUUCUUUCUUUCUAUCUAUCUGGCGACCAUAAUAACAUGCCGGCCAAAUCUCUAUUUUUUCUUUUUU